AUGGAGGAAAAUCACAAGAAAGCUGGGGGUCGACUGUGUUGCCUCUGUAACCGAAGGAGAGCUGCACUCAAGAGACCUAAAACCCUAGAGCAGAUAUGCAGGGAGUGUUUCUAUGAGGUGUUUGAGGAAGAGAUUCAUCAGGUGAUUGUGGAAAACCAGCUGUUUAAGCCCAGUGAGCGGAUUGGUAUUGGUGCCUCCGGUGGAAAAGAUUCGACAGUGCUUGCUUAUGUUUUAUCCGAAUUGAAUCGUCGCCACAAUUAUGGGCUGGAUCUUUUUCUUUUGUCUGUUGAUGAAGGCAUUACUGGAUACAGGGAUGACUCACUUGAGACUGUUAAAAGAAAUGAAAUUCAGUACGGAUUGCCGUUAAAGAUUGUUUCCUACAAGGAUUUGUAUGGAUGGACGAUGGAUGAGAUAGUGAAGAUGAUUGGUUUAAAGAAUAAUUGUACAUUUUGUGGUGUUUUUCGUCGUCAGGCCCUUGAUCGUGGUGCUGCAUUGUUGAAAGUAGACAAGCUGGUUACUGGGCAUAAUGCAGAUGAUAUUGCUGAAACUGUACUCUUGAAUAUAUUGCGAGGCGAUAUUGCUAGAUUGAGUAGAUGCACUUCAAUAACAACUGGGGAGGAUGGACCAAUUCCAAGGUGCAAGCCGUUUAAGUACACCUAUGAGAAGGAGAUUGUUAUAUAUCCUUAUGAUAUGCUCACGUAUGCUUAUUUCAAGAAGCUGGACUACUUCUCCACUGAAUGCAUAUAUUCUCCAAAUGCAUAUCGUGGUUUUGCUCGUGAGUUCAUCAAAGAUUUGGAGAGAAUGAGACCAAGGGCCAUACUUGACAUUAUCAAAUCAGGGGAAGAUUUUAGAAUUUCCAUGUCUACAAAAAUGCCAGAGCAGGGGACAUGUGAACGAUGUGGUUACAUUUCAAGCCAGAAAUGGUGUAAAGCCUGUAUUCUGCUCGAAGGACUCAAUAAAGGUUUGCCUAAGCUGGGCAUUGGACGAAGUCGAGGCCUAGAUAACAACCAUAAGAAGGAUGUGAAACAAAGUAAUGGAACAAAGAAUAUUGAGGGCAAACAAUGUGGAAGUUUGGACUUCUGA